UGUUGAAAAUUUUGGCGGGCAAUCUAAAGAAAUUCAAAUAAAGAGCAAACCCUAGCGGCCCCAUCUCUUCUGUCUCUCCAACUUUCUCUCACUUCAAGAUCUGUGCGGUGCUUGUUUCUUCUUUCAGCUUCCAUGGAUUUCGCUGUAAUUUCUUGAAAUAUCUAGUGGAUUAACCGAAGAUAGUUGUGAAUGUUUCUAAUUCGUGCGAGUUUGGAUUGGUAUAUAUCCUCUAGGUCUCAAUUGAUGGUGGCUUAAAUUAUUUUUAGGUCAUUUUUGCUUGAAUAUAAGAGAAGAAUUAGUGUUCAGUGUUGAGGAAAAUUGGAAAACAAGGGGGGGUGAAGUAUGGGAAAAGUUUCCCCAAAAGAUAGGGAUUUGAAAACCCCCAAACAGAAAAGGCGACUGCGGAGUUCUAGCAACAGGUUUCUGAAACCAGGUGCCCUUGCUCAGCUUCGCUAUAGCAAGGCUGCGGCUACUAAGUCAUGUACCGAUCUCGGGAAGAAAAGGGUUGCAGUGUUCACCACCAAGAAGGCUGAGGAAGAUGAUCUCAUGAAUGAAAAUAAGGUGGUUGAUAAGAGCCCCUUGAUGUUGUCCCCUGUGGAUAUACUUAAACAGAGUCAUUUGGUAAGGACGCCAAAGACACCUCAAACUGAAGAGAGUGAGUCUGAGUCUAGGCUCGAGUCCCUUCCAAUGGAUUUACUGGUUAAAAUACUUUGUCACCUUCAUCAUGAUCAAUUGAGGGCAGUUUUUCAUGUAUCUCGGAGGAUUAGAAGAGCAGUUUUGCUUGCGAGGCAAUUCCAUUUUAAUUACACAACACCAGAUCGCUCUCGGCAGGAGAUGCUGAGAACAAUGACCCCACGACCUACUGAACACUGGCCUUUUAUUGGCAAGAAAGAUGGGAAGGCUGUAUUCAUUCCAAGCCCACACACUCCGAAAGCACCAAGACAUGGUCCCCGGCCACCUUCUCGCAUCAAGGUCGCUGAGAUGAAGCAAAUUGCUGCUGUUCUUUUCCAAGAUUCAGCAUUUCCUUCAAGAUACAUGGUACCAUCUGCUUUGUCCAAGCCCCUAUGCAAAUCAUUGGCUUCUAACAGGGUUUUAUUUUACGAGGAUGAGUUGUGCCAAGCUGUUGCUCAGAAUAAGCUUCGUUGAUUUCCAUCCCGUCACCUGUUCCUUUUUGUGUAUAGUUUGUUUCCUAUCGCUUUAGUUAGUCAUAGUUUGGAAGGGAGGUAUGCAAUUUUGUAGCUUUUACUGGGUAGUACAAGAAGAUAUUAUGGGCUUUAGAUUUGCAUUAGAGAAAAAAUUUUAGGUGUGGCUGUGGGAAUAAUAUAUUGAAACUAGUUACUUGUAUAUUUCUAUAUAUAUUUGGAAGAAUGGUUUUCCUCUAGAAAAAAAAAGAGCGUCUGGUGUCAUCGGUAUUAAUCAGUUCCAUAAAGUUUUCAUGUCAUAAGAAGUGCGCUUGAUAUAUUAGAUCUGUGAA